AUGCUGUCUAGAGUAUCCAACGGUUUCCGCAUGUGGAUGCCAAACAUGCCCAUGAUAAUGACAUCAGCCACCAACGCCACUGCCAAAGAACCUGCUAGAGCAAUAUUCAGAGUUCUCCCCCGAAUGACUAAGCACGAAAUCAAGGAGUAUUUGACGAAAAUAUAUGGAUUACCUGUACAGAAAGUCAACACAAUGAACUACAUGGGAAAACGAAAAAUUGUUCGAGGUUCAACAAAGGUUCUGUACUUCAAAUACAGAGAUUACAAGAAAGCCGUUGUUACAUUCGAUAAAAGCUUUACUGACGUUGGGCUAGGAAUGAGCAUUCCAGAAAUAGAUGAUGAACCUGCUGAUGAAAUCUAG